AUGUGUGACAGGGAAUACGGCAACGGUAAUGACAUUGUCAACGGUAACGGCAUCGGCAACGGGAACGGACUUGGCAACGGCAUUGGCAAAUGUAAUGGCAACGGGAACGGACUUGACAACAUCAUCGCAAAUGGCCAUGGCAUCGGCAAUGGUAACGGACUUGGCAGCAUCGUCGGCAUAGGGCAUGGCAUCGGCAAUGGUAACGGACUUGGCAACAGCCAUGGCAUUGCUAAUGGGCAUAGCAAUGGCAACGGCUACGUUAAUGGUAGUGGAAAAGUUAACGGAGCGACAGUGGGAAAAAUGAGACCAAUGGAUAGUAAGGUGCUGAGAGAGCAAGGGCACUUAAUGGUUGAUUUUAUUGCUGAUUAUUACAAAAACCUUGAAGACUCUCCUCAGGAUUUUCCUGUUCUUUCUAAAGUUCAGCCUGGCUAUCUCCGGGACAUGUUGCCUGAUUCAGCACCCGAGCACCCUGAACCGUUGAAUGAACUUCUCGACGACGUUUCGAAGAAGAUAAUUCCGGGGAUAACUCAUUGGCAAAGCCCUAGUUACUUUGCGUACUAUGCGGCAAGCACGAGUGUGGCCGGAUUCUUGGGAGAGAUGCUAAACGCGGGCCUGAGCGUCGUGGGUUUCACCUGGCUCACUUCUCCGGCAGCCACUGAGCUCGAAGUCAUUGUUCUCGACUGGCUUGCCAAAUUGCUCCAACUCCCCGACCAUUUUCUCUCCACAGGAAAUGGAGGAGGAGUGGUCCAAGGGACAGGAUGUGAAGCAGUACUCGUGGUCGUAUUAGCUGCUAGACACAAGAUGUUAAAAACAAAUGGCAAAGCAUCACUUUCUCGACUUGUUGUCUAUGCCACCGACCAAACUCAUUCGAGUUUUGGAAAGGCUUGUUUGAUUGCUGGAAUACAUGAAGAAAACAUUAGGUUGCUCAAAACAGACUCUUCCACGAAUUAUGCAAUGCCUCCAAAAUCACUUGAAGAAGCUAUUUCUAGUGAUCUCGCUAAAGGGUUUAUCCCUUUCUUCAUUUGUGCUACGGUUGGCACCACGUCUUCGGCUGCAGUCGAUCCGUUGGUCCCAUUAGGAGAAAUUGCAAAGAGCUACGGGAUAUGGAUGCACGUGGAUGCAGCUUAUGCAGGGAAUUCAUGUAUCUGCCCAGAAUUUCGCAAACAUAUUGAUGGAAUUGAAAACGCAGACUCCUUUAAUAUCAAUGCUCAUAAAUGGUUAUUUGCUAAUCAAACUUGUUCACCACUUUGGGUAAAGGAUCGGUACUCUCUCAUUGAUGCACUCAAAACAGAUCCUGAGUAUCUUGAAUACAAGGUUUCUAAGCGAGAAGAGGUCAUAAACUUUAAAGAUUGGCAGAUUUCUCUUUCUCGGAGAUUCAGAUCACUGAAGUUGUGGAUGGUCUUAAGGCUCUAUGGUGCCGAGAACUUGAGAAACUUUAUAAGAGACCAUGUCAAUCUAGCAAAGCAUUUCGAAGAUUAUGUAAUUCAAGAUCCACAUUUCGAGGUUGUCACCAUCCGGUAUUUUUCACUCGUAUGCUUUCGCCUUGCUCCGGUUGAUGGUGAUGAAGAGAAGUGUAACAAACAAAACCGUGAACUGCUUGCGGCCGUUAACUCCACCGGCAAGAUCUUCAUCUCUCACACGGCUCUGUCGGGAAAGUUCAUUUUACGAUUUGCUGUUGGUGCACCGUUAACAGAAGAGAAGCAUGUGAAUGAAGCAUGGAAGAUUAUACAGAAUCAUGCCUCCAAAAUUAUCCACAACGGAAAUUAUUGA